UUAUUUUGACAGGCUUGCAAACAAUGUUGGCACUUUUCGAGGCUGCCUGGAGGCUAAUCUAACCGUGCCUGCAUUAUUAGUAAACCUUCAUACAUGUACGCACACGAGGGAGAAAAACACGCAGUUGUUUUUAUUGAAAACUACAGUGGUCAAAACAAGCGCAAAUGCGACUACCACGCGCUAGAAGACCGCAUAAUUUGCGUACCGGAAGUUCGUAAAUUGUGACGUCACAGCUAAAGGAAGUCGUUGCUGAAGGCUAGCAACUUGGGUUAUGUUUUGAAAUAAUUUCAAGUAUGGAUAUGUCAAGUAUAUAUCUUAUAGCAUAAGGAUCGAGAUAUCUCUUAUUAGAGUGCUCCACGGCGAUCUAAAUGCUUUUGGACAUAAAGUAUAUCAAUACAUACAUUCAACAACAUCGGCGGUGAAUCCGUCAUGAUUUUUCUAGCGAUCGUACGUAAGGUUUUUCUUGUGUGUAUUUUUAUACAACUACGAGUAGGUAGCGACGCAUCAUCAUCACAAUACUACACGAAUACAUGGGCAGUUCACAUCCCAAACGUAGACCAGGAAAAAGUGAAUGAAAUUGCUCGUCGACAUGGCAUGAUAAACCUUGGUCAGGUUGGAACUCUUGACGGGUACUACCAUUUCAAACAUCGUGCGCAUUCAAAGCGUAUGCGACGGGAAUCGCUGGAGCAUACUUCACGAUUGUCUAGGGAGAUUAAGGUAAAAUGGGUCGAACAGCAAGCUGUUAAAAGAAGAGUGAAAAGAGAUGCCUUAUUAUUUCCCGAUCCCUUGUGGAACAAACAGUGGUAUUUGCAUAAUAAUGCAAAGCUGUUCAAGAAUUAUGACCACAAUGUUAUAGCUGUGUGGAAACAGUUGAACUACACAGGCCGAGGUGUUUCUGUGUCAAUCUUAGAUGACGGAAUCGAAAAAGACCAUCCUGACCUGAAAGCAAAUUAUGAUCCUGAUGCGAGUUUUGACUACAACAGCAACGAUCCUGACCCUCAACCAAGACCAACGUAUAAUGACGAAAACAGGCAUGGAACAAGAUGUGCUGGUGAGGUCGCCGCGGUUGCUGGAAACACUCAUUGUGGUGUUGGCGUUGCUUAUGGUGCCAAAGUUGGAGGUAUUCGUAUGUUAGACGGUGAGGUGACGGAUGUUGUAGAAGCGCACUCCUUAAGUUACAAACCAGAGCAUAUAGAUAUUUACAGUUCAAGCUGGGGGCCAGACGAUGAUGGAAAGACGGUGGACGGACCAGGUCCACUUGCAAAAGUCGCAUUCUCCGAAGGAAUCGCUAAGGGUCGUGGUGGUCUUGGGAAUAUCUUCGUGUGGGCAUCAGGGAACGGUGGUCGUGAUCAAGAUAAUUGCAACUGUGAUGGUUACACGAACAGUAUUUAUACCCUGUCUAUUAGUUCUGCGACUGAACAUGGUACCAGCCCUUGGUAUUCAGAAUUCUGUGCUUCCACGCUGGCGUCAACUUUUAGUAGCGGUUCCUGGGGAAUGAGGAAAAUAGUAACAACAGAUCUCCAUCAUAGAUGUACGUCAGACCACACAGGAACUUCGGCCUCUGCUCCACUUGCAGCUGGAAUACUUGCACUAGCAUUGGAAGCAAAUCCAAAGUUAACGUGGCGAGACAUGCAGCAUAUUGUUGUACGAACGUCAAAACCUGACAAACUUAAGUCGAACGACUGGGUUACCAAUGGUGUCGGGCGAAGAAUCAGCCAUCGCUUUGGCUACGGUUUGUUGGACGCUAAGGACUUAGUAGACCUCGCCAAAAGAUGGAAGAGAUCCCCUGAGAAACGAUGCUGCAGUGAGGCAAAGGAUACCACCCCCCGAACAAUUCCUGUUAAGGGUAGUCUGACCGUCGAAAGAGAUACCACAGGUUGCGAGGGAACUGAGAACCACAUCCGGUAUUUGGAGCACGUGGAAGUCAUACUGUCCUUAUCGUUUACACGACGAGGUGAUCUCACCAUCUACAUCACCUCGCCCAAGGGAACACGGUCGACAUUACUGGGCAAGCGAAGGCUGGACUACUCAGCAAAAGGAUUUAAUAACUGGGCGUUCAUGUCUACGCAUACCUGGGAAGAAAAUCCGAGAGGAAAGUGGAAGCUAGAGAUCGAGAAUGUUGGUAGCACUGCUAACACUGGUACUCUAAGAGGCUGGCAGCUCCGUUUCCAUGGCACCCAGGAAGAACCAGGGAUUGCGUAUACAAACUGCUCCAGCGAAUGCAAAGGAGGAUGUCACGGUCCGACCGCCCGAGACUGUUCCGAGUGUGCGCACUACAGGUCAAACGGAGUUUGUGUAAACAAAUGUCACGACAACGAAUACGCCGUUGAGGCAACGAAGGAUUGCAAGACUUGUUCCAACACUUGUGAGAAAUGUAAAGGGCCAGAAUUCAACCACUGUACUUCAUGUAAAGAACCGAAGCUGCUCAAGGAAGGAAUCUGCGUCAAAGACUGCACGGAUGGGUGGUUUGCAAACGAGGGAAUCUGCCAGAGAUGCGAUCCCAAAUGUCUGACCUGCAGCGGCAAAGCCAUAUUUUGUACUUCUUGCAAGGAGGAUCAUAAGCUUGAGAUGAACAGGUGUGUUAUCGACUGCAAAAGCAAUGAAUACGUGUCAAAUGACCUCUGUGUGCAGUGCCAUCUUUCGUGUUCAACGUGCAACAACGGCAGUGCAUGGUCCUGCACUAAAUGUGGGGUGACCACAGUAAGUCGUGAAGGGGUAACACAUGAUGCGUAUCUACACAGAGGGAUGUGCAUGCUGACGUGCCCCUCCGGUUUCUACGGCAGCGAUCAUCAAUGUGUGCCGUGCGAUACUUCAUGCAAGCAUUGCAAAGGUCCGCUGAAUACUGAUUGUACGUCAUGUAAAGAUGGAUUGGUUAGAACGGACGAUGGAACAGGAUUGUGUUUAGAUAAUUGUCCAUCGGGAUCAAGUCAUAGGAUAUCCGAGGACACAUGUGUGAAAUGUGGAUCAAAUUGUAGCGCAUGUGACCCUGAUCAUCCCUCACACUGCACGGCCUGUGGUCAAGCCAUGUUUCUAUGGAAACAAAAAUGCGUGACGAUCGACGCAUGUCCGAGGGGUACAUACCCCGAGGUACAGAGUUUCCGGUGUAAAUACUGUCACCCCUCCUGUGCGGCAUGCCUUGGUCCGCCUACCCAUUGUACCGCCUGCUCAGGUUAUACGUAUCUCCAUGGAAACGAAUGUAAGGCGAUUUGCCCGACCGGAACUUACGGUAGAAACAACAAGUGUUUGACGUGUUAUGACAACUGUUCCAGCUGUUUCGGAGGCGGUCGUAACGAGUGUUUGACGUGUGACAAUGGCUUCGUCUUCUUCGAAAACAGCUGCCUGAAGCAAUGUCCCACAGGGAUGUUUGCGGAUAAAAGAGGACGAUGUCAGCCCUGCUCGCUAACGUGCGAGGGAUGUUCAGGGAUAGCAACGAACUGCACAAAAUGCAAAGAGGGUUUCAGUAAAGAUGAAGGAGCAUGCAAGUCCAUGUGCGAAGAUGGGACAUUUCAUAACAGCACACUGGCUUCUCAAAACGUUGGAAACAAAACACAAGAUCAUUGCUCAGAAUGUCACGUUUCUUGCUCAGUUUGUUCGGGUCCCAGCAAGUACGAUUGUCUGAGGUGCAAAGGAGUGAAGUUUAGAGAUCCCGAGAGCGGAUUGUGCUCGCUUAAUUGUCCUGAACGUGGCUACUACGAGGAUAUCUCAAGUACACUGUGCGAGUCAUGCCCCUCCGAGUGUCUGAACUGUGGUAAACCAAGUGUAUGUUUGAGAUGCGUCCCAGGCUUAUGGCUUCACGAAAGGAAGUGUAUACCUCAUUGCCCUAAAGGAUUUUACGGUGAGAAUACGACGAACGCAUGUGCGCCAUGUAAUACCGCUUGUAAAGAUUGCGCUGGCUCGCCUACAAGUUGUAUCGAGUGCGCUUCGCCACGGAUAUUGUUCAAGAACGAGUGUGUGACCGCAUGUCCAUCUGGGAUGUUUCUAUCGAAGGAUUUCAACCGAUGCUUGCCUUGCGAUGGCUCCUGUUUGACAUGCGUCGGUGCUGGUAGAAGUCGCUGUACUUCAUGUAGGCCAGGGUUGGUCCUGUUUCAAGCGCAGUGCAGAUCGAGAUGCCCAACUAGGUAUUACUUCAAUGAAUAUGUCAAAAACUGUCAGCCAUGUGAUUACUACUGCAAAGAAUGUAGCGGAGGAAAUGGUCUGUCAAACUGUAGAAAAUGUUUAACACCGUUGGUGCUCGAGAACAAUGUUUGCGUAAGAGUGUGUUCGCCCGGUUUCGUUCUGAAUCGUGCAGAACGCAAAUGCGUUCCGUGUCACGCAUCGUGUGCCACGUGCAUGGGCUCAACAUUCGACCAAUGCCUAUCGUGCAAGGACAGUAAAGAUAGUCUCCAAGGAACUGUGUGUCAAAGGACUUGCCGAGACGGCAUGUACAGAAAUGGCGAGGGGUCGCGGUGCGAGGCUUGUCAUCCGACGUGUCGAACCUGUUCAGGCAGGGGAAAGGUCGCUUGUACCAGCUGCGACCCAAGACGAUCCCUGUCCCUCGGUCAGUGUUUAUCCCCCUGUCCAGGCAACCAGUAUAGGAACAAGGGCUUAUGCUACACGUGCAGUACCGGCUGCAAGACGUGCAAAGGAUCGACCAGCCAGGAGUGCUUGAGUUGCUACGAAGGCAAAAAACUCUUCAAUUUUACUUGCGUCAAGAACUGUCCACCAGGAACCUACGAGGGAGAGUCCAACGGCUUGCCCGAAUGUAAGACGUGCCAUCCAUCGUGCGCAACCUGCACGCAGGCAGGACCCGACGCCUGCACAUCGUGUCGUAUGGAUCUUUACUACCAGGGAAGAUACUGCGUUCAAGAAUGCUCGAUUGACCACAAACUGGACGAGAACACGAGGACCUGCAAAGCGUGUAACACUGACUGCCCUUAUACGAACAUCACUGGACGGCGCUCGGCUCUGCUUCCUCACCAAAACGACGAGGAGAAUUCUUCACGGAAUAAAAUUGAAAACCAUUUCAUCUUAAUCUCAUUGGCAACAUGCUUAUCGCUGCUCGCGAUAUUUGCACUUUUCGGUCUUUUCAAACCCCGCUCGAGCAAAGGCUACACAAAAGUUGAGAAUAACUCCGCGUCGAGUGUUGAAAUAUCGAAGAACGACGUCCCAAGUGUUUAUAUCCGCGAUGAUCAGUCGGAAAGAAUCGCAAUGCUUGAUGACCACGACCAUGAUCACGAUCAUAAUGAAAUGUAAUCGGAAUUGAAACCACAACGCCGGAAUUUUCCGUAUUAUAGGAAUUGAAGUAUUGGAAUAUUAUUCAAGAAAUAUUUGACUUGCUGUGUUUGCAGUGCAAUCCCAAAAAUACAUUUUUUACAAAUUUAAAUUCUAUAUUUUAAUAUAUUAUAUCAAUUGGAAAACAUGUCGUAUCAUUUUCAAUACGUGUGGAUGCAUGUAUGUGUGAAAAUAGGAGAUGGUGAAAAGGCGCGUGCAUACACGAAUAAUACAUUUUUAAAUUUAUACA